CUCCCCCUCUCUUUUAUUUUUCUGAUCUCUCUGUUUUAAGCUCCAAAAGAGAGAUUGGCCAAAUUAAAGGGAAAACCAAAUUAAAAAAAAAAAUGGACAAAACAGUAAUGAUUUGUUGCUUAGUGAUGAUGAUGAUGGGAUCAUGUGUUAAUGCAUUCACUCAUAUUGUUGGUGGAAGCCAUGGUUGGAGAGUCCCUGAAAACAUUACCUUUUUUGAUGAAUGGACUAAACCAAGAACCUUUGGUGUUGGAGACAGGCUUGUAUUCCCGUACCGGCCAGGUGCCAACAACCUAUUGGCUGUGAAGAAGGCAGACUAUGAUACAUGUGGAGAAGAAGCAGUAAUACACAUGUAUUUUCUAGGGCCAACAGUCUUGAACUUAACUGAGCCAGGUGAUUACUACUACUUUGAUGGAAUUGGAAAGCAUUGUGAAGCUGGUCAAAAGCUCCAUAUCCAAGUUGGCUCAAAAGAAGGAACCUCUGGCUCUGACCCUAUGCCAUUUAACCUUGAAACUUUUGGAAUCCACACCAAUUUGGGCCCAGCCAUGGCACCCACAGCCCAAACCCAAGCCGCAGCCAAUGCCACUCACCCAUCCAAUGCCUUCCUUCUUCCUCCACCAAUAUUGCCUCCUAUAAUUGCCUUCCUUUUCUCCAUAUUUCUUUGAUUUCCAUAUAUUAUC